GGCGGAUCUUUCAGCAAUUGGCAGCGGAAUCUCUGCUUGGGUUAGCGCCAGAAAAGCACAAAAGAGGCAGCCACGGAUCGGCCGAGAGACGAGACGAGACGACACCCAAGUAAGUCUCAUCAAUGUGAAAACUAUUCUGCUUGUGGCAAUUUCUAUUCGAAUUCGAAUCAAAAUUUGCUUUUGGAGAUGUCUAAAAAGGGCAGCAAACUGAGCUGGGCCGCGGGCAAGAAGACUGUGCUGUGCACCGGCACCGCUGCCAUGGACUACAUGUCGGUGGUGAGGCAGUUUCCCGCGCAGGAGGAGGCCCUGCAGGUGGACCUGCAUGCGCAGUGCUCGCGUGGCUACUGGCAGCGUUGCGGCAACGCGUCCAACAACUGCACAGUACUGCGGCAAUUGGGCGUCAAGUGCGAGUUCCUUGGGAUGCUGAGCAGCCUGAAAAUGUUCCGCAUACUGGCGGACGAUAUGCGGGCACGCGGCAUCAUCAUUGACAACUGCCCGACCUGCGACCAGGAGCCGCCCUUCUCCUCGGUCAUUCUGGCCAAGUCCACGAAGACGCGCAACAUCAUCAGCUGCAGCAGGGCGUUUCCCUAUGUCUCGAUCGAGGACUUUCGCAAGCUGGCUCUGAGCACCUACGGUUGGAUGCACAUGCGGAGCAUUUGCUUCGAGACCACCCUGGCCAUGAUGCAGCAUGUGGCGGCCUUCAAUGUCGGCCGUUCGGACAAGAUCGUCGUCUCGAUGGAGUUCAGCAAGCAACUGGAGGAGAUGUGGCCCCUGGUCGACUACUGCGACUACGUGAUAUGUUCGAGGAAGCUCGCCCGCGAGCAGGGCUGGCCAACGCCCGAGAUCGCCUGCACCAGAAUUGACGAGAAGCUGCGCACCCGCUGGGGCCUCAACCUGAAGCGUCCGAUUGUGGUCUUUCAGUGGGCAGAACUGGGCGCCGCCAUUCUGGAGGAGUCGGGAAAAUUCAGUCUGGCGCCAGCGUACAAGCCACGAAAAAUGGUGGACACACUGGGCGCGGGCGACACCUUCACGGCGGCCUUCAUCUAUGCCGUUUACAUACGGGAACGAUCUGUGCCCGUGGCGGUGGACUUUGCCAAUCGCAUGGCCAGCCACAAGUGCACCAAGAGGGGCUUUGAGCACAUUGCCGAUAUUCUGAUAGCCCCAGUCAUAUAAGCAGCCUCGUUUUGUGAUCCCCUGCCAUUGGUUUCAGCUGAUCCGUUUCCAUAUAAAAAUCUCAUUUAAAUUAACAUUUUCUUUG